CUCCAAAAUUUCGAAAAUAUUUCAAUUUCCCGGGCAUUUCCUUUUCCACGGCUGAGAACCACCCAUCGCUUCCUCACUCUCUCUCUCUCUCUACAAAAACCCUAAUUCAAGCUCGAUUCGGAUUCUGCUGCUGCUGCAAUGGCAUCUGAUCCAAUUCCAGGCAUGGAGUUGGUGGUGGCCUCCGUCAGUGGGUACCGGGGAUCGGAGCUGGUGAAUCUGAUCGAGCUCAUGACUCACACCGGUGCCAGCUACAUCGGUACCUUGUCGCCGUCCAAUGCCUUCACUCAUAUGGUGUGCCGGAAAUUUGAGGGAAAGAGAUAUCAAGUGGCUAAAAAGUUGAAACUCAUAAUUGUUAACCACCGGUGGAUUGAGGAUUGCGUAAAGCAUCGAAAGCGAGUUCCUGAGCUUCCCUAUACCUUGCAAAGUGGACAGGAAGUGGGACCCUUACUGUUGAAAGUUCCACUUGUUGCUAAACCAGGCUUCUCGGUUAACAAGGGGAAAGCGGUUUCUGAUAAAGCUCAUGUUUUUGGCGACUCUGAAGAAAUUAUCGAUCUGGGGUGUGGACCUUCUCGCCAUGGUGUUUCGACUGAUUCAAGUCUAUUGAAUGAGAAUUUGUUUCCUGACUUUCAAGAAAACAAUAGUUCCCAGAAGCGACAGAAUAAAUCUGUGAAAACAAAUUCAAAGAAAGAGCCACAAUCUAGUAGCAGAGACUGUUUUGAAGAUCCUCCUUUAUCCAGAUCACUCAGAAUGGAGGAGUUUUGCAGGCAUUCAGUUAGAGCUCAAAGAAAUAUUACCAGUGACACUGGAACCAGCAUGACUGAAAUUCCACGUAAAAAAAGGAGGCUUGUGAAAAAGAAUAUUGGCUCUACAAUAUCAGUACUCUCAGAAUCUGAUCGAGAAUGCCACCCAAUCAGAUUUCACAGCAUCCGUAAUGACAGGGUCACAAUCCUUUCUGAUGAUUCUAAUGACGAGUUAGACACUGGAACAGGAAUCAGAGAUGUGGGACGUAAAGGUGUUGAUGUCGGUGGUAAUCACUUAUCUACUUCCAAGGAUCCCAAUUUUUCUGUUGUGGAUGAGCCUACAGCUCCUGAGGGAACUCCACAAAAUGGGUGCCCUGAAGUAGAUAAUUCAAAAGAGGAAUUGGAAAUCAAGUUGGACACAGAGCAUGCCACCAAAAGUCCUUCACAGGAAUUAUCGUGUGUUAUAUGCUGGACAGAGUUUAGUACAACCCGAGGAAUUUUGCCAUGUGGUCAUCGAUACUGUUAUUCUUGUAUUGAAAAUUGGGCUGAUCAACUGGGUUCAAGGAGAAAGAUUUCAACAUGCCCUUUAUGCAAAGCUUCAUUUACAGUCAUUACCAAGGUUGAUGAUGCAGUCACUAGUGAUCAAAAUAUAUUUUCUCAAACCAUUCCAUCUGCCCCAAAAGUGGACAUUUCAUUUCUUAAUGACCAGGGAACAUCUAAUUUUGCUGCUCAGUCCGUAUCAGCAAAUGGUUGUUCUGUGUGUAAUUCUUGGGAACCCGAAGAGCUGCUUAUUAGUUGUAAUGUCUGCCAAAUUCAGCGCAUCCAUACCUACUGCCAGGACCCUUUUUCAACUACAUGGACAUGCAUUCACUGCAAAGAUCUUCGAAUGCUCUACCGCAGCUAUCAUCAAUAUUGAUACGCAUCCCUAGAAAACUAUCAAGAUUACCUCAUACAUAACUUACUGUCAAAUACCGAUGUUGUGCUUGUGACCAAGUAUGUUCCUGGAUAAAGCAGUCACUGGUAGUGAAUGCAGCUCUGGUAGCUCUACCAUUCUUAUUGUCUAUAUCUUUACGAAGUAAUAUUUCUGAAACUCGAGUUGAAACCAAAACAUUUGAUCUACGAUUGUUCUAUAUAUAGUUACAUAGAGAGCUUUGAUAAUUUGAACCGGAA